AUGGACAUCAAGGAACGUGGGCUCCGAGAACGAAACCCGGUUCACACCUCGCAACCAAAGCAUCACCUUCACCAAGAACCCGGUUCCGCGAGAUUGCUCGAAUGCGGUGUCCAGGUCGGCGGAUUUGGCAAGCAGCUUGGCCUGUUUCUGGUAGACAGCGUUACACUGAUUUCUGAACAGUCUUGCCGCCCCUCGGGUCACGACUUCCUCUCCAGCCGCGCCAAGCAGCCCACUUCCUCGCACUUGUCGGUCUUGGGUCGCCAUGUUGAGCACGUUAUGUGGAUUUACAUGAUCCAUCAUCCCGUAGUUUCCGUCGAGGCUUCGGAACUUCGUCCUAAGGCCCAUCUAUGGCCUAUUCGGAACGAUCGUCCCUAUGACUCCGGGGUAGAGCCACACUCGGAAUGGCGCCCGUUCCUACCACCACCGCGGGUGAGCUUGCUUAUGGGGCAGCCGAGUUCUAGUUGA